GCGAAACAGUUCGUACUUAUUGCAAACAGACUUCCUGUGCAAAUUCUAAAAUACACUUUAGAAGGAAGAUGAAGUCAGCUUUCCUCAUUCCAAUUGCCGUCGUGGUAUGCCUUUCUGUUUUCGUCGAUGUCCAGUCAUUUGGAAUCGGACAUAAGAGAAGCGUGAAGGUUUCCGCGGAAGAGACAAAGGAUGCGUCAUCGAAAUCAUCGAGCAGCAUGAGCCUUGAGAGCGCUGGGAGCAGUUCUGCAGUGGUGGAUGAAGAAAGGAAACGAAGACAAGUGCCUGAUGGAGAUCUGACAAGAAAACAACCAGCGAGCAGUAAGAGCGCUGAGAGCAGUUCUGAAGAAUCGAGCAGCAUGAGCUUUGAGAGCGCUGGGAGCAUUUCUGCAGUUUCAGUGUCUGAUGGAGAUCUGAACGGAAAACAACCUUCGAAAAGUGAGACUAGUGAGAGCACUGAGAAUACUGAGUGCGCUGACUGCAGUUCCGAAGAGUUAAGUAAAAGUAAUGAGAGCCGAUAGGUACAAGGUCAGCAGAUUACACGAGAGAGGAAAGCUGCCGAAAUUGACAUAAAUAAACAAAUAAAUACAUCAAAAUAAAAAGAAGACAUUCAAAUUGAUGUACAUGCUAUUGUUGUCAGAUAAUUAAACGAAUUUAUUAAUGUA